AUGACUUCAGCAUCCGGAAAAGGUAAGCGCCCCUCCUGCUCUACUUCCAUUGUAAGUGUGAAUGUCCUUAUUGUCAAGUUGAUUGUUCGCGUUAACGACUCCCGCCUGAUCCUCUCUGCUACCAACACAUGCUCCUCUCGGUUCAAAAUCUCCAGCAGGGCCGUUAGUGCCUGUUAUCCAGACAUGUUUCACUGCGUUUGGUAA